AUGGAAGAGAAGGAGAAGAAGAAGAAGCAGAAGCAGAAGCAGAAGCAGACGCAGACGCAGACGCAGACGCAGACGCAGAGGCAAUCCAGUAGGCCGGCGCCGGAGGGGACGACAGCGCCUGCUGCGGACCCACAUUUUAAGGCGAGCGCGGACGUGAAGGGCGUGCGCUUCGGGGGGCAGUUUGUGGUGAAGCACUUCACCGUGCGCCGCGCCGGCGCCCUCGAGUUGCUCCGCCUGAUCUCGGUGGCGCCGCCGCAGCGGAGCCCGCUGCCAUUCCCGUCGACCACGGCCUACGUGCCGACCAGCUUCACCGUGCUGGCUCACGAGGCGUGGCACACGCUCACGCUGGGGCUGGGCACCCGCAAGUCGAAGGUGCUGCUCUUCGUCUUCGACUCGGAGGGCAUGAAGGCGGCCGUUGACCGGCUCUGGCCGGCGGUGAUCCCCCUCGGGGAGGUCAACCGGAAGCUCAUCCGGGGGAUCGCCGGCUGCGAGAUGGCCCGCUUCAAGUUCCGCAAGGGCGCCCUCACCUUCUACGUCUACGCCGUCCGCCGCGCCGGUGCCGCCGGGUUCCAGAGGGCCGACGACCUGCGCACCCUCCUGGAAUCGGUCGUCGCCCUGAAGGACUUCCUCGACCACACAGCAAUGCUCGCCCAGCCCAGCCAGAGGAGCAUCACCUUCAACCCCCCCGUCGCCGUCGCCCACUGA